AUGUCGCAUUACGGAGGUCCCCCGCAGAACCAGUACACUGGUAACAGCGGCGGUUACUAUGAUCAGCAGGGCCAAGGCCACUACCCUCCUCAGGGCCACUCUCCUCAACCCCAGCAGGGCUACUAUCCCCCAGAGGGUCAACAAGGCUACGGUCAACCUCAAUAUGGCCAGGCACCCCCUUAUGGCCAACAGGGUCCCGGAUACGGUCAACCCCCUCGACAUGACCCGUACCAGCAGGGCCAAUACCAGUCCGCAACACCAGGGAGGCGGCGAGAGCUCUUCAUACUAUGGCGGAGCGCCGCCACAGCAUCAGCAGGGCCCCCUGGUGCCCCAGGACAAGAGGGAGAUAGGGGUCUUGGAUCAACGCUGCUCGGUGGUGCCGCUGGCGGCUUCAUGGGUAACAAGAUGAGCCAUGGUUUGCUCGGUACCGCGGGUGGUGCUGUGCUGGGAGCAGUUGGUAUGAACAUGGCGACCAACAAACUUGGUAAGGAACACAAGAAGCACAAGAAAGACAAGAAGCAUAAGAAGGAAAAGAAGCACAAGCGCAAGGGCUCCUCUUCCAGCAGCUCGAGUUCGAGCUCUGACAGCGACUAA